AUGAAUCAUCAAGAAAAACGACCAGAAGAUAAUCUAACUGAACUGAUGGAAUUUGUUCUUUUAGGCUUUGCUGAUAUGCCUCAUCUCCAAUGGUUUCUUUCUGGAUUAUUUUUAAUCAUCUAUAUCAUUAUCCUGAUGAGCAAUGGGACCACAUUUCUAACAACAAAAAUGGAUCCUGCUCUCCAGAGCCCUAUGUAUUUCUUCCUGUCAAAUUUUUCCUUCUUGGAGGUCUGCUAUGUAUCAACUACUCUCCCCAGAAUGCUGAUGAAUCUUGGGACUCAGAGAAGAAGAAUUUCGUUAGUUGCCUGUGAUACACAGAUGUGCUUUGUUCUUAUGUUUGGAGGCACUGAGUGUUUACUCCUGGCAGUGACGGCCUAUGACGGCUAUGUGGUCAUUUGUAACCCUCUGCACUAUCCUCUAGUUAUGAACCACAGAGUCUGUAUCCAGUUGGUUUCUGGCUCCUGGACCAUUGGAACCCCCAUUAUGAUAGGGCAGACAUAUCAGAUUUUCUUUCUGCCGUUUUGUGGAUCUAACCAAAUUAACCACUUUUUCUGUGACAUUCCCCCAAUACUCAAGCUGGCUUGCGGGGACACCUUUGUAAAUGAGAUGUUUGUCUACAUAGUUUCUGUGUUAUUUGUCAUGGUUCCAUUUCUGUUGAUACUUGGCUCCUACAGUAAAAUCAUCUCCAUCAUCCUGAAGUUGCCAUCAGCCACAAGUCAAGCUAAAGCCUUCUCCACCUGUUGA